AUGCCCGGAGGUUUGCGACUCGCUGACGCUUUGAGGGUCCAAGUGAAAUUGGUUGGAAGUCAUGAAAGAGGGAAAAAGGUGUUGUUCGAUGGCGACAUAGUGUCCAAUACGCAGUCGCCGGAUAACACGGCUAAUGAAAGAUAUGAACCGACCGAAGCCGGAAAACGUCCAACUUUCUGGGAAAGUCUGGACUUGUUGGGAAGCAUGGUUGGAACGCUAGAUUUCUAUCCGCUCUGCAAUAGUGCCAAACCUGCUAUUGAAAUAAGCCAACAGCUGAAGGAAGAUUCCAACGAGCAGUCUUGUACAUUUGUUUCCUAUUCAUACGCUUUGAGGUACAGUUCAUGGAUGCCUAAGUAG